AUGGACCCACAUAACCCAAUUGUCCUUGAUCAGGGUACUGGUUUCGUCAAAAUUGGUCGUGCUGGCGAGAAUUUCCCAGAUUACACGUUUCCUUCUAUCGUUGGUAGACCCAUCUUAAGAGCGGAAGAACGUGCCAGCGUCACUACACCAUUAAAGGAUAUUAUGAUUGGUGAUGAGGCAAGUGAAGUUCGCUCUUAUCUGCAGAUAUCUUAUCCUAUGGAAAACGGUAUUAUUAAGAACUGGACUGAUAUGGAACUGCUCUGGGAUUACGCCUUUUUCGAACAAAUGAAAUUACCAUCCACCUCCAACGGUAAGAUUUUAUUAACGGAACCUCCAAUGAAUCCGUUGAAAAAUAGAGAAAAAAUGUGCGAGGUAAUGUUUGAGAAAUAUGAUUUUGGUGGAGUCUACGUUGCCAUCCAAGCUGUUCUAGCAUUGUACGCACAAGGUUUGUCUUCAGGAGUCGUCGUUGAUUCCGGUGAUGGUGUUACUCAUAUAGUUCCAGUUUACGAAUCUGUCGUUUUAAGUCACUUGACAAGGAGAUUGGAUGUUGCGGGCAGAGACGUUACUAGACAUUUGAUUGAUCUUCUUUCUCGUCGUGGUUACGCAUUUAACAGAACUGCAGACUUUGAAACUGUUCGCCAAAUAAAGGAAAAAUUAUGUUACGUUUCGUAUGAUUUGGACUUGGAUACGAAAUUGGCUAGAGAGACGACUGCCCUCGUGGAAUCGUAUGAGUUACCAGACGGAAGAACAAUCAAAGUGGGACAAGAGAGAUUUGAGGCUCCAGAAUGUUUGUUCCAACCUGGUUUGGUAGAUGUUGAACAACCUGGUGUAGGGGAACUGUUAUUCAAUACUGUGCAAUCGGCUGAUGUUGAUAUUAGAAGUUCCUUGUAUAAGGCUGUUGUUCUUUCAGGUGGUUCAAGUAUGUACCCAGGGCUGCCUUCAAGAUUGGAGAAGGAGCUGAAACAAUUAUGGUUUAGCAGAGUUUUACACAAUGACCCUUCAAGACUUGAUAAAUUUAAAGUUAGGAUCGAAGACCCUCCAAGGAGAAAGCAUAUGGUUUUCAUUGGUGGUGCCGUUUUAGCUAGUAUCAUGGCUGAUAAAGACCAUAUGUGGUUGUCUAAACAAGAAUGGCAAGAAAGCGGGCCAGCCGCAAUGACUAAAUUUGGUCCAAGAUAG